CUUCUGGCCCCGGCCGGCGUGCUGACAAUUCGCCCCUUUUUUUCCGGCGUUGGGAGCGAAAAAAAAGGAAGAGUGAAUAGUUCAAAUUUGGCACCAUUUUAAUUAUCGCAUCUCAGCUAUAUCUUUCACUGCAUACCGACACCAGUCCAUCCCAGCAGCUGUCGUCACUCGUCCCAUCUAUCUUCGCCGUCCUCUUUCGAGGUGCAGCAGGCGCGCUGCCACACGGCCCACACCCUGCGUUGGCUGAUGAUGGCUCGAGCUCAGCUGCUUCUUGCGCUGCUGUGCCUUGCGGUCCUCGGCUCGGCAGGUGCCGCCAAUGCGGCGGGGAGGAAGACGGUUGGGGUGUACGAGCUAAAGAAGGGAGAUUUCUCCGUGAAGGUCACCAACUGGGGAGCCACCAUCACCUCCGUCGUCCUGCCGGAUUCCAGAGGGAUUUUGGCUGACGUCGUUCUUGGCUAUGACACCAUUGCUGAAUAUGUUAAUGGUUCUAGCUACUUCGGAGCGCUUGUCGGACGAGUGGCCAACAGAAUUGCUAAUGCACGCUUCGUGCUCGAUGGAAAAGUCUAUCAUCUGUAUACUAACGAUGGCAACAACACACUUCACGGUGGUCACAGGGGUUUCAGCAAAGUCAUAUGGACGGUGAAGGAAUAUGUUGGUGGCGGCGACUCCCCAUACAUCACAUUGUAUUACCACAGCUUCGACGGAGAAGAAGGGUUCCCAGGCGACCUGGACGUGUACGUGACGUACCGGCUCUGGAGCCCCUACGUGCUGAGCGUGCGCAUGAACGCGACGGCGCUGGACAAGGCCACCCCGGUGAAUCUUGCACAGCACACGUACUGGAACCUCGCCGGCGCCGGCAGUGGCGACGUCCUCCGCAACACGGUGCAGCUCUUCGCGUCCCGGUACACGCCCGUGGACAGCGCGCUCAUCCCGACGGGCGCGCUGGCGCCCGUGGCCGGCACGCCCUACGACUUCCGGUCCCCGACCUCCGUGGGCGCGCGCAUCCACGAGGUCUCGGGCGGCAGAGCCGGCGUCAACGGCUACGACAUGAACUACGCCGUGGACGGGGAGGAAGGGUCGCUGCGGAAGGUGGCCGUCGUCCGGGACGGCGCGUCGGGGCGGGUGCUGGAGCUGUGGGCGAACCAGCCCGGGGUGCAGUUCUACACGGGCAACUUCCUCGAGGACGUCAGGGGGAAGGGCGGCAAGGUGUACGGGCAGUACGGCGCACUGUGCCUGGAGACGCAGGGGUACCCCGACGCCGUGAACCACCCCAACUUCCUGUCACAGAUCGUGAGGCCCGGCCAGGUGUACAAGCAUGACAUGGUGUUCAAGUUCUCGUUCUAGCUCGUCUAUGCAACCCCUUUGGUUAAUCUAUUGUACUGAAUUGCGUGACCUGGGACAUCAGUCUAGUCCCAUGAGACUUACAUA